AAAUAAGAGGCUUACUAAAUUAAUUGAAAACUAUUUUUCGCAGUGUUUUUCAUAGUUUAGGGCUCAACCACGGUACAAUAGAAUAUAUAAAUGGCAUAAAUCAAAGUGGAGAGAUGAGUGGUAAAUGGGGUACACUACCACCUCUACCUGAGGUAGACAGUGGUCUUGCAGCAGAAGAGAGGCAAAAGUUAACUAAGCCUAGACCAAUGGAGAUUGAAGGACCUGUUUUGCAUCAGCCCUCAUCCCGUCAUCGACCACCUUCUAACGAGAAAUUACCAGCCGGACAAUGUCGUACAGAUCCAGUUACAUUGCACACAAUUCAGCUCAUACAACAUGCCAAGGAAAUGCAUCAUCUUUUGUAUACUGUACAACAGAGAAUUCAAGACGCCCUCCGAAAUGACUUUGCAGUUGACAUUAGUGAGUUCCCCACAGCACCUCCUAUCCCAGAAUACACUGGGCCUGGCCUAAAACACAUCGUCAAAACAUCAAUACCAUAUCUACCAAGGGAGGAUAAUGAUUUUGUACGAGGGAUAGGCCAAUCACCACCUGCUCUAGACAGGGUCUCCACUCAGAAGUUGCUGAAAAGGUCCGUUGCUACAAUAUGUGCACAUGCAGGAUAUGAUGCAAGUACAGAUAAUGUGCUAGAUACAUUAACUGAUGUUACUCAGGAGUUUUAUCAUCAACUCACACAAAGUCUUCGUAAUGUGGUUGACAAUGAGGCACUGAAUGGUUCUCUACCUUUCAAGGAUCCAAUGGAGCAGGUCUUUCAAGAGCUUGGUUUAGGAAGUGUCACAUCAAUACACGAUUUCUACCAGCAGAGAAUUCUGGGAUACCAUGCUACCAUGACGGAGACAUGUCAACAGUUACACAGAGACUAUACAAAACUCAUACAUCAGCCCCAUGAUUUGUCAAGGAGCACUGAUGAUAUCAAAGUUUUAAAAAUAAAAGAUGAGCCUCUUACCAGUAUCAACUUCCCAGUGAUGGAGGAUGGGGAAGAAUUCAUAGAUACAGAGCAGCUCCUACAACUGGAAGGUUUUGGUGGGCUUGAUAUGACUGCAGCUGAGGUGGCUGAUGCUUUGGACAACAUAAAAUCUGAAGACAUUGAGGCAAGGAGUGACGUGUUUGACGAGCCCCAGAGUGAGGCUGAGCCUCAAACACCAGGGACGGGGAGUGAGGUCGGGGACAGGACACCAGAUCCUAAUUUUAUGACAUCACCAACAUUACUCUCUCCUCCAUCCGCAAUGUACAUGCAGAAUAGAGCAAAGCGAAAAAGAAAAAGAUGAACAUUUCUGAAUUCAUGAGCUGAUUUAAAAUUCAGAACAUACAGUGGCAACUAGAUCUUAAAUCCAACAACAGAGCAUGGAAUCAGCGGACACAUUGGAAAAUACCCUGCAGACUGCAUCCAUUUCAAAAACAUAACUCAGUCUAGAAUUUUGAAGAUAAAUAAAAAUGAAAAUUACAACAAAAUAUUCUCAAACAUUUCUCAGUGCAUUCUUGUUCAACUUCACGUGUAAUAAUUGGAAAUGCUGGACAUGGUUUCAUAUUAGUACACAAACUCUGAUG